UAAGAGAGGUAGAAGAGUUAGAAGGAGAAAUUUUACCAUGACAAAAAAAAUAUAUUAUUUUUAUAUUGCCCACAUUUUUGUUGCUUGCGUGGUAAUUUUCUAUUUUGUGCCAUCUACACUACUUCUUACUACUCCUGUGGACGUUACAGUCCACGAAAGUGUUUAUGGACGAAGGCCUCUAUUCUGAUUAUUGUCAAUUUGCCACGAAGUAGGUAUCUCAAAUGUACUUCAAAAUAUCAAAAGUGUGAAGAAUCUAUACUGUUUUUUUUCGGCGCAUCAACAAUAACCCCUUGAUACACAACAUCAAUUGACGGCUUAAUACCUAUUAUGUUGAUUAAGUUAUAUUCAGUGUCCGUAACAGUCACGUAGCAUCACUCGCACUACAUAGUCAUGUACAUAACAGUGUUUAUACAAGCAUUCGUGUUGUUGUUGGCGUUCGCAUGCUAUUGGGUGCUCAAGCCGAAUGUUAAGAAGCCCCCAGCAUUCCCGGGCGCUUUGCCCAUCAUUGGGCAUGCUCAUUUGUUGGUUGGGGAUACAGCACAUUUGUGGCAGUUUGUGAAAUGCAUGCAACAACAUAAUCUAGACAAUGGCGGAGUGACGUACAUAAAGAUAGGCACAAAAACGUAUUAUGCGCUAAGCGACCCAGAAGACUGCACAAAAGUGGCGAGCGUUUGCUUCGAGAAGAGCUUCUUCUACCGCAACAUCGUCAGCUCUUGGGUAGGGCAGGGACUGGUUACUGCAUCAGUUCCCACAUGGAAGAUCCACCGCAAGAUGUUAAACCCAGUUUUCAAGCAGCAAGUCCUGGAGAGCUUCCUGGGUAUAAUAAACAGCCAUGGAAAGAUCUUGGUUGAGAAUAUGGCAGCUGAGGUGGGGAAGACUCCGUUUGAUCCUGUGCCUUAUUUGGACAAAGCCAUUCUUGAGGCCAGUUUCCGUAUCGCGUUUGGUGCUGCCAGAAACGAUAAAGAGAUCAAAAUGGAUUCUUACAUCCAGGCUUUCAAGGAGGUGACCAACAUCCUAAUCCAAAGGUUCCAGCACGUUUGGAUGCACAGCCGAUUCAUUUACAGCUUCUCCAAUCUGAAGAAGAAGCAGGAUAAGGCUAUUAAGACCACUUGCGAUGUGUCUUUUGAGAUAAUUAAAAAGAAAAAAUCAGACAGUGAAAUUACUCCAAAGAUAUCACCAAAUUCCAAAACUGACAACAAUAAAGUUAAGGGUUUACUGGAUGUAAUCUUAGACGUCACUAAAGGAGGUUUGACAGUUGAAGAAAUAAGAGAAGAACUGGACACGAUGAUAUUUGCUGGGUACGACACUGUGGCUACUACUCUAAUUUAUGUAUUGGUGGUGCUAGGAUCGUACCCUGAUAUACAAGAACGGACCUUUCUUGAAUUGCAGGAAGUUCUUAAGGUUAAAGACAAUGAUAUUGAUAAGGAAGACCUACAGAAGUUGGUGUAUUUGGAGGCAGUGAUAAAGGAGACCUUACGAAUCUUUCCUAUUGCUCCUAUCAUCAUCAGGGAAUUGGAUAAAGAUGUUCAGUUAGAAAACUACACACUCCAAGCUGGAAGCGAGUGCAUCAUGCUGAUCUACGCGACUUGCCGCCACCCCGUGUGGGGCGAAGACCGGCAUGAGUUCAAGCCUGAACGGUGGCUGGACCCUUCUAAACUUCCUGAGAAUCCUAAUAGUUUUGCUACGUUUGGAGUCGGGAGGCGAUCUUGCAUAGGUAAAGCAUAUGCCCUGAUGUCACUGAAAACCAUACUCAGCCACAUAGUCCGCCACUACAAAAUAAAGGGGGACUACACCAAGCUGGAUAUGAAGAUGGAAAUACUGACGAAACCUAUAGCUGGACACCACAUUACGUUAGAACAUAGGAUUUGGUAGAUUAUUGUUAAGAAAGUGUUCACAUUACGUUCAAAUACGUUUCCGUAUACAUGAUGUAAUUUUUAUACUACGAGUAGAUCAAACAGAAGGGUUGAGUCUAAUACUCAAAUAAUUAUUUCAAUUCAAACAUAGCUUGUGUCAGAGCAGAGUAAAUACAAAUAAGUAGGUCGUCUUCAUAG